UCACACAACUGGAUGUGAUCAUGUGGCAAUGGCAGACUUGUGAUCCGCGUGGAAGGGACGCAAACUGCAAAUGGCGCCAAGCCUAACCGCCUGGGCAUCUCCCCUUGCCUCUUCUCGCCUCUCCUGCGCAAAGAAGCAAAACCAUCGACUCUGCAGUGUCAGGUGCGGCUCCGGCUCACAGGGAAGUGGCGGUAAUGACAAUGGCACACCACCGGUCGUCAGGGCGGCGGUCAGCGCCAUCACGGAACUGCUCAGGGCCCUUUCUCCCAGCAAGAAGCCAAGGCAAGCUGCAGAAUCCGACGAUACAGAGUUGGAGUUGCCUCGCAGCGUGGAGGAUGUGGUUGCCGUUCUUGAAGCUGAUUACCAGCGUGCUUAUUUCCUCACCGGGAACUUCAGUUUAGGCAUAUAUGCUGAGGAUUGUUUGUUUGAAGAUCCCACCAUAAAGUUCCGUGGAAGGUCUAGAUACUCUCAGAAUCUUGAUUUGCUAGUGCCCUUCUUUGACAGCCCUUCGCUCGAACUUGAAAACAUAGAAAAGGGUUUGAGGGUCGACACGAAGUUUGUCAUAGCAACAUGGACGCUAAGGACAUAUUUGAGGCUCCCAUGGAGGCCCCUCAUAGCCAUCAGAGGGAACACAACCUACGAUUUAGAUGAAGAAUACAAGGUCGUUCGGCAUGCAGAGAGCUGGGACGUCUCUGCCCUGGUGGCGAUCGGUCAGUUAUUCGUCUCGACUCCGAAGCAGACGGGCAGCUGAGCUCUCGAGUGAGCUUUGCCACUGGUCAAUCAACGAUAUCGCGAAGCUCACACGUCAAUUCGGCAGUUCGAACCGUGUAUAAACUUAGCUUUUGCUGGAAAUCCCCGAUGAUUGUCGAAAUUUGUUCCUUCAAAUCCCUAAUUUUGCCUCUGAA